CUUAUGUUUUAGAAGAGCAAGCUGUAUAGGCCUAUAAAUACCACAGUCACGAGUAGUCGCCGCUUAUUCAGUCUGCUAUCAGGUCUCGAGCCCUGACUGCUACUAACUAUAUCAAGACUAAUUAUUACGCUUUCGUAUAGAUUACAUCUCUUAUAGCUGCAUUAGCGUUUGUUCAAGUUUGACUAUUAGCAUACGAUUCAUACGAACCAAUUUUAUGUUGAGCCCUUACUCGAGACUAUGAAAUCUGUCAUACGCGCUCUUUAUUUCAAACAAAUUAUGCUAUAAGAAACAUCUGUUUUAUUUAGUUCGUUAAUCUUUCAUUAUUUUGAUAGAAACGUUUCGUGUUAUAGCAAUAACAUGGGUUUAGCUUUGCAUAUCAGUUUGUUAGCUCUGUCCUUAAUCAACGUCGCGCUGUCGGAGUUUUUUCACUCAGAGGAGACCAUACCCGUCAGAACCAGUGUGCGGACCAGUGGUAGCCUCUGGAGAAGGAGCGAGGAGCGCCAGACCAUUAGACUGACAGCUUUCGGACAGGUCUUCACGCUUAAUUUGACUACGGAUGACUCGUUUAUUGCUCCAAAAUUAAGAAUUCAACGUAUAAAAUCAAAGCAUUUGGCUGCGCUUUUCAACGGCACCGGCUCAGGACAUUUUGCCAGUGGUAUUUCCGAGACAGAAGGCAAUGGGGACGAUUUUACGGGCUGCUUCUACUCGGGAAAAGUUGACACUGAUCAGGACUCGAUCGUCGCGGUGAGCUUGUGUCGUGGGAUACAAGGAUCGUUCAUAGCGCACGGGGAUGAAUAUAUAAUUCAACCAAAAGUUCUUGGCCAAGGGAAAACAGAGAGAACCCUCUCGCAGGUGCAUGUUAUAAAAAGAAAAGUUGACGCACGAGAGACUUCCGAGACAUUGUCAGUUUUUGAUCAGCUGAAAGAUGAGAGCCAGCUUGCCACAGAUGAUGGCUAUGUAUCUCUUAUGGAGGAUACGGACAGAGCUACUGGGCGGAAGCGUCGUUUUGUCUCCUCUCCAAGAUAUAUCGAGACGCUGGUUGUUGCCGACGCUUCAAUGACACAUUUCUAUGGGGACGAAAUAAAGCACUACCUGCUGACUCUGAUGGCAGUGGCAGCAGGGGUCUACCGCCACCCCAGUCUGAAGAACUCAGUGAGUCUUGUCGUGGUAAAGAUGCUGGUGGUGGAGGAUGAAGAUGUGGGGCCCCAGGUGUCCAGCAACGGAGGAAUGGCACUAAGGAACUUCUGCAACUGGCAACAGCACUUCAACCCCUCCAGCCAGAGGCACCUGGAACACUAUGAUACCGCGAUCUUACUCACCAGACAGGACAUAUGUGGUCAGAAGAACUGUAACACCCUGGGGGUGGCUGACAUCGGCACAAUGUGUGAUCCAAAGAGAAGCUGCUCUGUCAUAGAGGAUAACGGUCUGCAGGCCGCCUUCACUGUGACGCACGAGCUAGGUCAUGUACUCAGCAUGCCUCAUGACGACUCGAGUAACUGCAUCAGGUGGUUUGGACGCCUGGAUGGGCACCACAUGAUGGCAUCGGUGUUUGUUAGCCUCAACAAGACCAUGCCGUGGUCACCUUGUAGUGCCCGCUACGUCACAGAGUUUUUCGACAAUGGACAUGGUGACUGCCUGCUGGAUCCUCCAGAGCAGACUCUCCCUUUCCUCGUUGAACCACCCGGCGUCUUGUUCAACCUGGACCGUCAGUGCCAACAAGUCUUUGGGGAGGAAUUCACCCUGUGCCCGGACACUCCAGAAGACCAAACAUGCAGCCAGCUGUGGUGCCGGGAGGAGGGCCAGACCCACUGUACCACCCGGAAUGGCAGCCUGCCCUGGGCUGAUGGCACUCCCUGUGGGGCCGGAGCUGGAGUCAACACCACAUGUCAAGACGGUGUCUGUGCAUUAGUGACCAAUCAGCAGAAAAAACAGGAGCCUGUGGAUGGAGGCUGGAGUGUUUGGGGCCCCUGGGGGUCAUGCUCUAGGUCAUGCGGAGGAGGGGUGGAGUUCUCCCAGAGAGAAUGUACUGAUCCUGAACCACAGAAUGGGGGGUCAUAUUGCCUGGGGCAGAGAAUCAAGUACCAGUCCUGUAACACACAAGCAUGCCAAGAUGAUCACAGUUUCAGAGAUGAGCAGUGUGCGAAAUACAACAGUGACCGAUACCUGGACAUCUUUGGAAACAUUAAGCAAUGGAUUCCUAAGUACACAGGUGUCUCACCAAGGGACAGGUGUAAACUGUUUUGCAGAGCAAGAGGCAGCAAUGAAUUCAAAGUCUUCGAGGCCAAGGUUGUUGAUGGCACAACCUGUGGCCCAGACACCACUUCCAUCUGUGUCCAAGGACAGUGCAUCAAAGCUGGCUGUGACCAGGUAAUCGAGUCCAAUGUUAAGCUGGACAAAUGUGGCGUGUGCGGUGGUGAUGGAACAACCUGCAGGAAGAUCACUGGUUCCAUGAAUAAAGCCAUAUUUGGCUACAAUGACAUUGUGACAAUUCCGGCUGGGGCCACCAACAUUGAUAUCAAGCAAAAGAGUCACCGUGGAAUCAAACACGACGGCAACUACCUGGCUCUGAAGACAGAAGGAGGUUCUUACAUCCUGAAUGGGAAUUUUUCAGUGACCACGUCAGAGCAGGACAUCCCAGUCCCUGGUGCCGUUCUUCGGUACAGCGGUUCCUCCACCACUCUUGAGAGACUCAUGAGCUACCAGAAGCUCCGUCAGGCUUUAACUGUCCAGCUCCUUUCCACAGCUGGAGACACUUCUCCCCCCAGAAUCAAAUACACUUUCUUCCUCCCCAGGGAUGUCCCCUUCACCAAACCUGGAGCUGAAGGUAGAGCUUCGCUACACGCGAUUCUGCCAAUAGGCAGUGCAGAGUGGGCUUUGGGGGAGUGGUCUGAGUGCUCAAAGAGCUGCGGCUCAGGCUGGUCGAGACGCAACGUGGAGUGUCUGGACGGGACGGGAUCUCUGUCGUUCUUCUGCGAUGAAGACCUUCGUCCAAUAGACAUCCGGCCAUGCGGGGACCUGCCUUGCCCUAUUUGGCAGAUGGGUCACUGGUUGGCUUGCUCAAGGACUUGUGGUGUGGGGGUGCGCCAUCAAAGCGUGCUGUGUGUCGACUACACCGGGAAGAUGGUGGAUUUGGAGAAAUGCAACCCCGCCAAGAGACCAGAGGUGGUUACUUCAGAGUGCAGCUACCAGGACUGUUGAGAAUAUGCUGAUAAAGCUGUGGACAAAUGGCAGUUGAGGGCAGUGGUAGGGUCCUAGUCCAAGGAAAGUAGUGUAGCGAGCUAGUUAGUUAGUGAACUAACAGAUACACAAUCCUUUCCAAAUGACCACGACAAUGUUUCAGAGUCAAGCAGGGAAGUUAGAUUAAUCAAGAUUAGUCUUGUACGGUACACAUGAAACAUAUGUACUUUUUUAUACUAUAACAUGAAAAGCUGUUGGGUACUAGUAAAUGUGUUACUUGGUUUGUCAAUCAAAUAUGUUUCACAUUUUGAAAACAGCUGAACUUAGGACAUGUAUUAGCAGUUUACCUUAAAACAUGACCAGAAUGCAUCAUUAAUUCAUAUUCCCUGCAACGUAAGAGGCAACAACCUUAGUAUGAGGUGCCAGAUAUGUCUUAUCACUUUGUGUAGCAUUAAGCAAUGCUAAUGAACCUAGUCUUCUUUUUAAUUUAAAGGCUUUCCCAAAAGUAAUUUGAAAGUCAAAGUUAGCUCUAAAAUAACCUUUGCCUUGCUGGCAGUAUCAUGCUUCUUUGCAUCAAUGCAGUGGCCAUUUAUUUUGCAAUCUCCAUGACAUGUGCUCUACAUACUUGUGCACUCACAUGAUUUACUACACCAUAAAAUCUAUAUUUACAAAAUUGUUCUCACACCUAAUAAUGGCAGUGUUUUAAAUGGCAUUAAAUAAUGUUGUUUUUCUACAAAAACCUGAGAAGUCAGGGAAAAUCUAUAUUUUUCCUGGGGUAUCAGGUUUUGGUAAUGUGAUACAGAAAAUUGUGUUGUAUCAAAGUAAAACUUCUGAUGAUGCAACAACACCAAUCAAGAGUGGUUAGACUCAGUUGUAGAAAUAACUUCCAAUUUGAUAGAUUUACUUAAUUAUUUCAUUAAUGUAUAUUUUCUGAAUAAUGUCAUAACUUCAAAACCACUAUUGAAGGUUAGUUAUCCAAUGUAGAUCUACCUCAAAGAAUGUAAAAAUCUAAAAAAAUCUUUUAACCUAAAGAUUCUGUCUGCAUCUAGCAAAACACACUUUUUAUCAAAGGCACAUUUUACCGUUGCAAAAGUACUGCUGAAAAUCUGCUGGAAUGGUUUAAUACCUCUAUUAAUCAUUUUUGUCAAACAAUGCAUCGAAACAUCGUAGGUUAGUUAGCUGAAGGUCGAUAGAUUUGGUAGAGUUCAGUGGAAUUUUCAUUAAAACAAUGGAAAUGCAAUUAAGAAACAAAUGCUGUGAGGAAAAGAUGUAGGCAAAGAUCCUACAUUUCCUAAUUUCCCUCCAAAAACCAUCAGUUGUAUGUUGCAUUUAAGAUUAUCUUAACUCCCACCAUGACUUCUCUGUGCUAGCUGCUACCAACUCAUUCUAACAAAAAUAAGAAAAACUGAAAUGGUACAACUUCUAAAUAUUAUGUAGUAAAAUUCACCAAAAUGUACUGUAUAUUCAAUUAAUUGUUGCAAUGUACAAACUAUUUAUAUUUCACAAAUACCAACUUUCUUACACCAGAUUUCUUGACUGUGCGGCAAUGAUGAAGUUAUAGCAUCCUAUCUUCGAUUUUACCUCUUUACCACGUAUUGUCUGCCGAACACAAAUUGCAUACAUUUCUGAGGUAGAAAAUUAUUUAGAAUGCCAAUCCCAAGCACAGUCAAAGUUGUCCUUACUAAUGCAAUUGAAUGUAUUGUAGGGAGUAAAUAAAAAAAUAUUUAAUAUGAAUAAAGAAAUUAAACCUUAACCCUUAUCAUAAUCACACAAAUCAUCUGAAAGCUCCAUUGCAUCCAGUCUGUAGUUCUGGAACAGUGGAGCAUCAAAAUGUUGCCUUAAAACAACCUCAAAUCAUCACAGCUAGUCAAUAAAGUAUGCACAUUUAAGACAAAUCCACAUAACCCAUUCAAUGCGCUUGACUGCCUGUAGCUACAAACUCUAGUAGUUCUUCCGUCCUACCGAAAGCUACAAUUAGGUAGUUGUAAUGGUUUAGUGGCAUUUUCUCAAAAGCAAAUACAACAAUGAGAUUCUAUUUAUUACUAUGUUUUGUAUUUGUGAUUAUUCUUGGCCAUGGUAAUUGCUGUAGAUACAUUUUUUAUGUUUUAUGUUUUUUCUCAUCAACUAGUUAAAAGGAAAACAAUGGAAUAUCUCUAUCAAAUGUAAAAGAGACUGUAUAUGUAUAUUAUGUUACAUUUGAAUGUUUCAUGUUCCACCCCAGACAAUAUGGCAGUAUAAAGUUUUUUAGUGGAGGAUAAACCUAGUUUACUCACCUUUUUGCACCACAAAAAAAGUAUAAGGGAGAGUUUCCUUUAUCACAGAGACUGUUGAUCAGAAUAAACACUUUUUUUUUUACCACAAUACCGGUAAUAACACUAGCUGAAGCAUGUUCAUUUUGAGCCCAUCGGAAGCAUGCAUAGCACCUACUGUCAUGAUGUACAUGUACUGUAUGAAUCAAAGCUCUUUGUUAUUUAUGUAGAAAAUGUAAGUCUAAAAGUCUAAACUAUACAAUUCAGAAACAGAAAGUGGUAUUGGUCACCAUGUCUUCUGUUAGGUAGAAAUAGAGGUUAUUGUAUCUUUGACCUACUAGGUAAUUUCCACUUUCUCAACAAUGAAGAUUAGUUUAAAAGCAACAACUGAAUGAGUUUAACAGUCAUUUUAGUUAAUAGCUAUAUCAAAAUGUUUAAUUGACUAAAUAUUUGCCAGUUGAAUUCCUGUUUUAACAGUCUUGCCUUAUUUAACUGAAAAUGAAUUGGGUGAUGGAGAUAACGAGGGAGCGAUCUCUCCAACCAUUAUGUGUUGUUAGUUAAGAACACCUUUGUUUUCAGAUGUUCACUCGAUAGGUAUGUCAUAAUAUAGCAUUCCAGGAUGUAUUUAAAGGAGAAAAGAUGUAAAUCUGAUAUCAAAGCAUUCUAUCCCUUCAAUGAAGGUCUCUACGAUGCUAUUGUUGUAGCUUCCUUACAAAGCUAUUUAUUUUUUAAUACUUUCAGACUAAUUAUUACAGUUUAACUUUUAUGCUGCUGCUGUCCGUUUCUCUGAAUUGUAAGAAAUUAGACUGAUUCAUGAAAUAACAAUAAAGAUGUCUCUUGACUAAAACAUAGAAUUUGGGUCUGUAUAGUGCAAGCUGUUCUUCAACAGGAGGGUUUUCUUGUCAUGCAAGUUCCAAGUGACCAAAAGUGUAGCCUUGAAAGUACUGUACACUAUAUGGGCAAAAAGCGCAGAACAAAUUUAAGACACCACUGCACGUCUUUCCUUUGAAAAGGAAAGUUUUGAGUAAGGAAC